UAAUCAUAGUUAUGUAGUGAUGAUUGGGAUUAUUGUUGUUGUUGUUGCAUGCUGUCACCGCCAGGGGCGGAAGUGAGCUGCGUUUCUCACAGGCAGGCAACGGUGCAGCUGGUAUCACGUUAACACAGACACACACACACACACACACACACACACACACACACACACACACACACACACACACACAUACACGCACGCAUGCACACACUCAGCCCUCUCUCCGGUUACCGGAGCAGUGUCAGAUGUGUUUCUAUUUUCUCCAUCUCUCCCUCCGACCCGGAACUACACAGAGACACACACACACAUAGUGAGACAGAGAGAGAGAGAGACAGACAGAGAGACACAGAGAGAGAGAGACAGACAGAGAGACACAGAGAGAGAGAGAGAGACAGACAGAGAGACAGACAGAGAGACACAGAGAGACAGAGAGAGGUCGGACCGAGCAGAACCACAACAACAUGCAGCAGCUGCCCCCCUGCGUGAUAGACUGCGGGACCGGCUACACAAAGAUCGGCUAUGCUGGGAACACGGAGCCACAGUUCAUCAUGCCGUCCUGUAUCGCCAUCAGGGAGUCGGCCGGCGUGGGAGACACGGCUCAGAGGAGGCUCGCACGAGGAGUCGACGACCUGGACUUCUACAUCGGAGACGAGGCAGAGGACAAACCCAACUAUGCAACCAAGUGGCCCAUCCGUCAUGGCAUGGUGGAGGACUGGGAUCUGAUGGAGAAGUUUUUGGAGCAGGUGAUCUUCAAAUACCUGCGAGCUGAACCUGAGGACCACAGCUUCCUCAUGACAGAGCCUCCUCUCAACACCCCAGAGAACAGAGAGUACCUGGCAGAGAUCAUGUUCGAGACCUUCAACACACCUGGACUCUACAUCGCAGUGCAGGCGGUGUUGGCGUUGGCGGCAUCUUGGACGUCUCGGCAGGUGGGACAGAGGACUCUGACCGGCAUCGUCAUCGACAGCGGAGACGGAGUCACACACGCCAUCCCUGUGGCUGAGGGCUACGUGAUUGGCAGCUGUAUAAAGAACGUGCCCAUCGCAGGGCGGGACAUCACCUUCUUCAUCCAGCAGCUGCUCAGAGAGCGCGAGGCGGGGAUUCCUCCGGAGCAGUCCAUGGAGACCGCCAAGGCUGUCAAGGAGCGGUACUGUUACAUCUGUCCAGACAUUGUGAAGGAGUUCUCCAAGUACGACUCUGACCCGGGGAAAUGGAUCAAACAGUAUCGCGGCGUGAACGCCGUCAGUCAGACCGCCUUCCACGUCGACGUGGGAUACGAGCGUUUCCUGGGCCCCGAGAUCUUCUUCCACCCCGAGUUCGCUAACCCAGACUUCAUGCAGCCUAUCUCUGAUGUCGUUGAUGAUGUCAUUCAGAGCUGUCCAAUCGAUGUGAGGAGACCGCUCUACAAGAACAUCGUUCUCUCUGGAGGAUCUACCAUGUUCAGAGACUUUGGGCGGCGGCUGCAGAGAGAUGUGAAGAGAGUCGUGGACGCCAGACUGAAACUGAGUGAAGAACUGAGUGGAGGACGGAUAAAGCCAAAGCCGAUGGAGGUUCAGGUCAUCACACAUCACAUGCAGCGCUACGCCGUCUGGUUCGGAGGCUCCAUGUUGGCGUCCACGCCCGAGUUCUCCCAGGUGUGUCACUCUAAGAAGGACUACGAUGAGAUCGGCCCCAGCAUCUGUCGACACAACCCCGUGUUCGGCAUCAUGUCCUGAUGCUAUCUGCUAGCCACCACACACUUAGCCACAGUGUGUGUGUGUGUGUGUGUGUGUGUGUGUGUGUGUGUGUGUGUGUGUGUGUGUGUGUGUGUGUGUGUGACUGUGUGUGUGUGACUGUGUGUGUGUGUGUGUGUGUGUGGCUGU